UUCCCUUUUUCUCUCUCUCUCUCUCUUUGCUUUGAUGGAAGACCAGGUCGCCGCCGCCGCCCCCGGCACCGCCGUUGCCGGCGACGAGGCCCCGCAGCCGGCCGUCGAUGUGUCCGGCGUCACAGAGGAGGAUAAGGCGAAGUAUGGCUUCGAGAGGGCGGAGAUGGGGAAGGAGGCUUUGGCUGGAACGGUUGGAGGGUUCGAUCGCCACCUCUUCUUGUGCUACAAGUCUCCAGAUGUAUGGCCUUCUCAUCUAGAGUCCGCUGAGUCUGAUCGCCUCCCCAGACACCUCGCCGCCGCUCUCAAGGCCCGCAAGGAUGAUAUCAAGAAACGGACUCGUUUGACCAUAUGUGGUGGUGAGGAUGGUACUGAGUCAUCUAAUGGAGAUGUUUUGAUCUUUCCAGACAUGAUUAGAUAUCGGGGAUUGACACACUUUGAUGUUGAUAAUUUUGUCAAAGAAGUACUUGUGAAAGACAGUGAGUGGCUUCCAGGAGCAGCUGAGAAACUUACUGGUUCAUAUGUUUUUGUAUGCGCACAUGGGAGUCGGGAUAAGAGGUGUGGAGUUUGUGGACCUGCUCUUAUUGAAAAAUUCACUGAAGAGAUAGCUUCAAGCGGUCUUCAGGGUCAAGUGUCUGUUAGCCCAUGCUCGCAUGUUGGCGGUCAUAAGUAUGCUGGAAAUGUCAUUAUCUUCAGUCCCAAUGCUGACGGAGCAGUUUCUGGUCAUUGGUAUGGAUAUGUAACGCCAAAUGAUGUAUCUGUGUUGCUGGAGGAGCAUAUUGGCAAAGGCAAGAUUGUCGACCAUCUUUGGAGGGGCCAGAUGGGCUUAUCCGAGGAGGAACAGAAAUCAGCCAAGUCCUUAAGACAACAGAUGAGUAGUGGUCUUGGAGAAAAAGGUGCAGGGGAAUGUUUUCAACCAACCGGGAAUAGCAUCGAGAAUGGCACACUGAAUCAAGCAGUUGGUUGCUGUCAGGGAACCAGGAAUGGCUCCUGUUGCCAGGUCGAAUCACGGGAAGCAAAAUCAGAAAACAAUCACACCGGCGAGCAGGCUAAGAAGAUCCCGCAGGACAAGAACAACAAAGGUUCCUCUUCCCGGAAAAUAUGUUCGGUUUCCACAUGGUUCGAGAACUGGGAACGCGAGGACACAUAUGCAACUCUCGCCGUUGUUGCUGCCGUUGCCUCAAUUGCUGUUGCUUAUACCUGCUUUAAGCAAAUGAGAUAAACAAUACUUUCUUUGUUGUUUGUGACUUGCGAUAAUAAUCUCUGCUUGUUUUAGGCAGCAUCUACACAUUCAAUAGAUAAACAAAACUGCCAUGAAGUUGACUUUUACAACUAGAGUGUGCUAUUAUUUGUAGCAAAAUGUAUUCAAUUUGAUGAUCUUUGUUCUCAAACACUUCUUUCUAAUACAAGUGAAUGCAUAGUGCAUUACCCAUAA